AUGGGAUCCAAAGACUGUCAAUGGCCAAAAAAUGAACCCAAUGUCCAGAUAUCACCAGGUCGCCAAUUGCGAUCACAUGUUUUUCAAUUAUGUCCAAAUUGUAAUCAACCUAUUCAAGGUAAGACUGGGCAGCAAAAUGUUUGUGUGUGUUUGUCUUCCACCCCAACUACAACGAGCGAUCCUGCUUUUUCUAACCAAUCAAAAAAAAGGAACAGAAAAACUUUACAAUUACCAGCCACAUGUAAACGUCAGCUGUUUGAUGAAUGUUAUGAACAACCCGAAAGCACGGUGAGUAUAGCUGAUACCCAAAAACUAACAGUGGCUGAAAGUACGGAAAGUGGUGAGAGUUCAAGUACUUCUACACAACAGUUGCAACAACAACAACCUGGAGCCAAUCAGAUGUUGAGAGGUCGACACAUAUGUCAAGAGUGUUUUAAGUCGUUUACUAGUCCAUGUAAAUUGACACAACAUUCUUAUUCACAUACUGGUGAAAAACCAUUUGUGUGCAAACAUUGUUCAAAAGCAUUUUCUUCAAAAUUUAAACUAGUUCGUCAUGUAUUAAUACAUUCUGACCAACGUCAAUAUCAUUGUACAAUUUGUGAUCGAACAUUUCACAGGAAAGAUCAUUUAAAAAAUCAUGCCAAAGUACAUAAUCCCAUUAAACGGACUUUACAAUGUGAUCGCCCUGGUUGCUCAAAAGAGUACAGUUCAGUGCUUAGUUACCGUAAACACAUAGCUGUACAUUCCGUAGAAGAAGGAUUCCUUGACUGUAAGAUUUGUAGUAAAGUAUUUGAAUCCAAAGAUGAACUCAUGUACCAUUUGAAAAUACAUUCAGGAUCGAGGGUAAUAAAGACUCCAGCUGAUAAGAAAUAUCGAUGCAACUUUUGUGACCGUAGUUUUUACACUGGUAAGGAUGUUCGUCGACAUAUGGUUGUGCAUACUGGUCUGCGAGAUUUCCUAUGUCAAUUUUGCCCACAACGAUUUGGUCGUAAAGAUCAUCUUACUCGGCACAUAAAAAAGAGUCACAACAUCAAUGCGAGUAAAAAAUCCAAACCAAAAAAACCAACUGAACUGUACAAAAGUAAAUCGGUUGAAGCAGUUUAUCUUGAAACAUGUGGUCAGCCAUAUAAGUUAGAAAGGAAAGUAGCAGAAACAGUUACUAGUGGAGAUUUCAUAAAACAAGAAAAUCCAACAGUUUCUACUGGAGAUUUCAUAAAACAAGAAAAUCCUUCUACAAUGUCAGAAAUAGAAAUGUUCCAUUCAUCUAAUAUAACUAGUUUUAAUUAUAGUGAAAAUAAUAGUGAGACAGUUAUUCAAACUGUUGGAUCAUCCAGUGAAGUAAAUUUACCAGUUAUAAGCUAUGAACCUCAAGCGUCUUAUCCAGUCGAUGAACUGAAAGUAUUUGAUACUACCUUGACCAACCAUCUAGCAGACAAUUACGAAGAGUCAACCAACCCUGAAAUGCCUGGAUUAUCUCAAUUGAUUACUUUGAUACCAUCAUCUUCAACACUAACUAACAUCGAGCCUAAUCUUUCAAUACUGACAAGUCACGAACCAACUAUUUUGCCUACUCAACAUGUAGUUGUACAUGAGCCGACACAACUUCAAGUUGGUGAAUACCUUACAUCUUCAUCAGAAAUACUGUCCGCUCUUUUACGACAAACUUCUGAAACAGGUACUACACCGUUACCAGGGUUCAAUCAAGUUUUUCAUCAACAACAAUAA